AUGGUGAAAGAGUUGGACCAGGCAGUGAAGUACUACACACUGGAAGAGAUUCAGAUGCGCCUCCACAGUGACAGUGCUUGGCUGAUCCUACACCACAAGUUGUAUGAUUUGGCCAAAUUUCUGGAAGAGCACCCUAGUGGGGGAGAAGCCUUAAGGGAACAAGCUGGAAGUGAUGCUACUGAAAAAUGUGAAGAUGUUAGGCAUUCUACAGACACUAGAGAAUUGUCCAGAACUUGUAUCAUUGGGGAGCUUCAUCCAGGUGACAAAUCGAAGUUAAUCAAGCCUCCAGAAAAUCUUAUCACUACUCUUGAUUCUAAUUCCUCUUGGUGGACCAACUGGAUGAUUCCAGCCAUCUGA